AUGACGGCCCUCAAGGACGAGCAGGUCGAUAAUAUCCUGUUUGCCGCCCGAGCCGGAGACAUCGAGGCUCUCAAGGAAUCGCUUUCGGAGAUUCAGGAUGGUGGCGAUCCGGCAUUCCAUCUAGCCCUGCAAUGCACGAACGAGUCGGGCAACUCUCUGCUCCACUUCGCGUUUGCGAACGGGCAUGAAGACCUGAUCCACUAUGUUCUACCGCACUGUGACCUGACGGCCCUGCUGCGUCAGAACGACGCUGGGAAUACGCCUUUGCACUGGGCCGCCUUUAACGGCCACAUUAAAUUGUGCGAGCUUCUGGUUGACCGGAUUGACGCUCUCGAGACACAGGACGAGGCCUCUGCGCAGAAGCUGCGUGCUGAGGAGGACAAGCGUGAGCACGAGCGCCACCUCGCUGCCAACAAGAAAACGGACGAGCCGGAGGCUGAGCAGAAGGCCGAGCUGGAACACCACGACGAGCUUCAGCGCGACCGUGCGCUUUGGGAUAUCCGCAAUGCCGCGGGCCAUGGUCCUAUGACCGAGGCUCAGAAAGCCGACCGCGAGGACAUUGUGCAGAUGCUGCUUGGCCGCCUCGCUAAGCACGACAAGUCGGAUCCGCCAAUGGAGCCCCAAAAUGAAGCUGCCCACAUCGAAGAGCGCACGAAUCAGCUUCGCUUGGACGUGGAUCCGUCUGUGUAA